AUGUUAAUUCUCAUCUUCCACCAUGAUGAGACGGCGACCAUCCAAACGCUCCAGAUCAAACUGCUUGGGCAAUGUGAAGACGCAGAUAUCAUCAAAAAAGCCGGCCUCCGUGUCACAAGCUGCUCCUGCAAUGCAAUCGCCCCGGUCAACCACUCUAAAUCUGUCCUUCUUUUGCAAGACGCUGCGAUUGGAGAUCAACGGGCUCCCUCGAUGGUUCCUGAUGACACUGAUGAGAUGAAGGCAUUCUGGAAGAUCCACAAAUUGAAGAGCAACGUCGAAACGAAUGUUGACGAGCUUGACGAUUCAAGCGCCGGAAAUAGAGAACAUCCAUUCCUGCAGAUGGUCAAGAACCAAGGCACUGGGCUCGCCCUUUCGAAAAUUUCUGAAGCCUCAUCGAUUCGAGAUGAUCGGGCUCCCUCGAUGGUUCCUGAUGACACUGAUGAGAUGAAGGCAUUCUGGAAGAUCCACAAAUUGAAGAGCAACGUCGAAACGAAUGUUGACGAGCUUGAAGAUUCAAGCGCCGGAAAUAGAGAACAUCCAUUCCUGCAGAUGGUCAAGAACCAAGGCACUGGGCUCGCCCUUUCGACAAUUUCUGAAGCCUCAUCGAUUCGAGAUGAUCGGGCUCCCUCGAUGGUUCCUGAUGACACUGAUGAGAUGAAGGCAUUCUGGAAGAUCCACAAUUUGAAGAGCAACGUCGAAACGAAUGUUGACGAGCUUGACGAUUCAAGCGCCGGAAAUAGAGAACAUCCAUUCCUGCAGAUGGUCAAGAACCAAGGCACUGGGCUCGCCCUUUCGACAAUUUCUGAAGCCUCAUCGAUUCGAGAUGAUCGGGCUCCCUCGAUGGUUCCUGAUGACACUGAUGAGAUGAAGGCAUUCUGGAAGAUCCACAAUUUGAAGAGCAACGUCGAAACGAAUGUUGACGAGCUUGAAGAUUCAAGCGCCGGAAAUAGAGAACAUCCAUUCCUGCAGAUGGUCAAGAACCAAGGCACUGGGCUCGCCCUUUCGACAAUUUCUGAAGCCUCAUCGAUUCGAGAUGAUCGGGCUCCCUCGAUGGUUCCUGAUGACACUGAUGAGAUGAAGGCAUUCUGGAAGAUCCACAAAUUGAAGAGCAACGUCGAAACGAAUGUUGACGAGCUUGACGAUUCAAGCGCCGGAAAUAGAGAACAUCCAUUCCUGCAGAUGGUCAAGAACCAAGGCACUGGGCUCGCCCUUUCGACAAUUUCUGAAGCCUCAUCGAUUCGAGAUGAUCGGGCUCCCUCGAUGGUUCCUGAUGACACUGAUGAGAUGAAGGCAUUCUGGAAGAUCCACAAUUUGAAGAGCAACGUCGAAACGAAUGUUGACGAGCUUGAAGAUUCAAGCACCGGAAAUAGAGAACAUCCAUUCCUGCAGAUGGUCAAGAACCAAGGCACUGGGCUCGCCCUUUCGACAAUUUCUGAAGCCUCAUCGAUUCGAGAUGAUCGGGCUCCCUCGAUGGUUCCUGAUGACACUGAUGAGAUGAAGGCAUUCUGGAAGAUCCACAAAUUGAAGAGCAACGUCGAAACGAAUGUUGACGAGCUUGACGAUUCAAGCGCCGGAAAUAGAGAACAUCCAUUCCUGCAGAUGGUCAAGAACCAAGGCACUGGGCUCGCCCUUUCGACAAUUUCUGAAGCCUCAUCGAUUCGAGAUGAUCGGGCUCCCUCGAUGGUUCCUGAUGACACUGAUGAGAUGAAGGCAUUCUGGAAGAUACACAAAUUGAAGAGCAACGUCGAAACGAAUGUUGACGAGCUUGACGAUUCAAGCGCCGGAAAUAGAGAACAUCCAUUCCUGCAGAUGGUCAAGAACCAAGGCACUGGGCUCGCCCUUUCGACAAUUUCUGAAGCCUCAUCGAUUCGAGAUGAUCGGGCUCCCUCGAUGGUUCCUGAUGACACUGAUGAGAUGAAGGCAUUCUGGAAGAUCCACAAAUUGAAGAGCAACGUCGAAACGAAUGUUGACGAGCUUGACGAUUCAAGCGCCGGAAAUAGAGAACAUCCAUUCCUGCAGAUGGUCAAGAACCAAGGCACUGGGCUCGCCCUUUCGACAAUUUCUGAAGCCUCAUCGAUUCGAGAUGAUCGGGCUCCCUCGAUGGUUCCUGAUGACACUGAUGAGAUGAAGGCAUUCUGGAAGAUCCACAAAUUGAAGAGCAACGUCGAAACGAAUGUUGACGAGCUUGACGAUUCAAGCGCCGGAAAUAGAGAACAUCCAUUCCUGCAGAUGGUCAAGAACCAAGGCACUGGGCUCGCCCUUUCGACAAUUUCUGAAGCCUCAUCGAUUCGAGAUGAUCGGGCUCCCUCGAUGGUUCCUGAUGACACUGAUGAGAUGAAGGCAUUCUGGAAGAUCCACAAUUUGAAGAGCAACGUCGCAACGAAUGUUGACGAGCUUGACGAUUCAAGCGCCGGAAAUAGAGAACAUCCAGGCAUGCCACGU